AUGAGGAUAUCUCUUUGGUGCUGCUCCUUCUCUCUAGCUGUAUCUGUGGGAGCUGCUUUGCUGCUUCCUAUCUCCACAAUAUCAAACGAAAUUCUGCAUCACUACCCUAGAUCCUGGUAUGUGAAGUGGUUGAACGCCAGCUUGAUUCAGGGAAUCUGGAAUCUGAUGUUCACACUGACCAACCUAGCUCUGUUUGCCUGUCUGCCUUUCGCGUAUUUACUUUGCGAAUCUGAAGGAUUUAUAGGAGCUCAGCGCGGCCUUCUCCCAAGAGCCAAGGAGACCUUUGUGACCUUACUUCUACUCUCAGCUCUUGUACUUGGAAUAACAUUUGUUCUUUCUGCAAUAUUGGACCGGGACCAGGGAACUAUAAGCCAGCUCUACAAUAUAUACAGUUAUCAUCUACCAUUUCUCUACUCAUGUGUCUCAAUAGUAGGAGUACUUCUACUUCUAGCAUGUACUCCCCUUGGAUUUGUCAGGUUGUUCAGUCUAGUUGGAGACCUAGUAACCAGACCACAGUUUAUGAGAGACCUGGAGGAGGAACAUCAAGUUGCCAGAUUAGAGGAGGAGAGUGUUUCCCGUCAGCUGACCAACUACAGGACUGCGCGGCUGGUUAACAUGGCUCCGCUGCUAGCUGACGGGCAGCUUCUCCAGAACGGUGAACUAGAAGAAUACCUGGAGAAAAAUCUCAAUGUAGCAAAGGAGAAAGUGAAAGUGCUUGAAAAAACCAGAUCAAGAUCACAGUGGAACAGAACUCUCUUUUGGCCUUCGGCAUUUAUCAUUCUGCUUGGCCUUACAGGUAUAUGCCUGUACCUGGUGUCAAUCAACAUUAUGUUGCUGAUGAGUGGCUGGAGGGAGCUGCCCACCCACACAGCCAACUUUGAUCUGGGUCAAACCUCUCUCUCGGCCCUGGGAGUACUUGGGGUCAUUGUAGAAGUUGUUAUAAUAGGAUAUCUACUAGUGACUAGUAUAGUAGGCCUCUACUCUAUACCAGUAAUCAACAAAAUCCUCCCCAAACCAAGAGACACUCCGAUAUCUCAUCUCAUCCUUAAUUGUGGCCUCUUCGUUAUCCUCUCAUCUGCGCUUCCUCUCCUUGUUAAAGUUUUAGGAAUAACAAAUUUCGACCUGCUGGGCAACUACGGGAAGAUUAAGUGGUUGAGAAGCUACGUCAUCAUCCUCUUCGUAAACCUCGUCUUUGAAUAA